AUGAGUGUAUGGAUAUUUGAAAAGACCAGCGCAGAUGCAGCAUCUCAGCCUCUGGAACAAACAGAAAACCGUUCAUCCCUGAAUGACUGCAGUUCACAGGAGAACGGAGAGGACAAAGAGCUACAGCCCAAGAGAAAGAGUCUGGAGGACUUCAAGUUCCUCAGUGUACUCGGAAGGGGUACAUUUGGGAAUGUGAUUUUGUCUGAGCACAAAGGCACCGAUGAGGUGUACGCGCUGAAGAUUAUAAAGAAGGACAACAUUUGGGCACAUGAUGUCAUCGGCUACACCCUUAGGGAGAAACGCGUCCUGACUCUGGCCAGUGAUCACCCCUACCUCACCCACCUGUUCUGCAGCUUCCAGACCAGUGAUUCAUUGUGCUUCGCGAUGGAAUAUGUGAACGGAGGAAAUCUUGCUUUCCACAUUUCUCAGUCACAUGGGUUUGAUGAACCUCGCACCCGAUUUUACGCUGCCGAGAUCGCCUGUGCCCUCAUGUUCCUCCACGGAAAGGGGAUUAUUCACAGAGAUCUCAAACCCGAAAACAUCCUUUUAGAUGCCGAUGGCCACUGCAAGCUGGUAGACUUUGGCCUAUGCAUGGAGGGCAUAGUGGAUGGCAAGACGACCAACUCGUUUUGUGGCACACCCGACUACACCUCGCCAGAGAUGAUCCAGAGUUUGAAUUACGGCACGUCGGUGGAUUGGUGGGCCCUGGGCGUGAUCAUGUUCCAGAUGAUGACGGGCUACAAGCCGUUUCAUGACGAUAACCAGGAGGAUAUGCACGAGUCCAUCGUCACAGCUGAACCGGAUUACCCGUCAAACCUCAGCAAGAAGGCGGUCAGCGUCCUGAAAGCAUUCCUGGAGAAGAACCCCAAGAAUCGUCUCGGCUGCGUGGAGUCCCAGGGCAAGGAGAACGCCAUCAAAGUUCACCCUUUCUUCAAAAAGAUCAAAAGGGCCCUGCUGGAACAGAGGAAGAUCACACCCCCAUUUCAGCCACAGAUUAUGUCAAAGAGGGACGUGAAUAAUUUUGAAGUUUUCACCUUUCAGGGGACCAAGCAUUCUCAAGAGGACCUUUCCUUCUUCAUCCAGUCCAUCAAAGAGGAGUUUGAUGGCUUCUCCUUCAUUAACACAAAAUAUGAACUUUUUAUCAUUUUAAAGUGA